AUGGAGCCUUGGACAUAUCGUGAUACCCUAGUCUUGCUCUAUGAAGUCAAGGUGGGCUGCGACGUCAGAUCUGUGGAUUUGAACAUGGGGCUUUUCUGGGUGCAAUUUCAUGGGAUCCCACCUUUAAACAUGAGAGUCACUAUGGCUCGAAAGAUUGGAAUGCUUCUGGGCCAAGUCGCGGAAGUUGACCACGCGGAUGGGAAGGACUAUAUUGGGCACUUCGCGCUAGUUCGUAUCAAGUUUGAUGUCAACCAACCCCUUAUGUGGGGUGCCUUUGUUGAAUUUCCUACAUCCUCUCUCUCUCUCUCUCUCUCUCAUUCUCAUCCUCACUCCCAUUCUCACUAUCAUUUUCCUCUACUCUAG